AUGUGUUGGGGGCAGCGGGGCGGAUUUGUGGGCCCCGGGUUUGCGGUGGGUCGAGUUUGGGGUGCGCCGGACGGUGAGUGGGGCCGUGCCGGCCACAUUCAUUGCCGUCGUCCCGAGUGUGCCGAUAAGAAUAUUGUCGUCGUGGCGGGGUUUACUCGUACACGGGCCCGUCCCAAACUUGAUUGGAGCCGGUGGAAUCGCGCAACGAACGAAGCCCGGCCCGCUCUCCAGAGUUGUCCGCUUGUACAUCACCGUCCCAACCAACUUCAUGCCGAAUCCCUCCCCACGGGCAUCUCGACUGCUGGAACACAUCUCCGACUACCGCCUACCAUAUUCUCCCACACUCCUCCAGCACGACGACAUCUACCCACCACUUCUCCCGCACCUUUGAGAUUAACCAAUAACAUGGGCGGAGGACAAAGUCACCUAUACAGACCAGACCCCGAGUUCCAUCUCGAACUUGCCGAUCACCUCAUGCGUGGACUAGUUAAAGCAUGGCCAGAUGACGUUAAGAGGAUCGAGUUAGCGACCCUGGCCAUACGAAGCCCCACAGAGGUCUCUCCAGAGCAACUUUCGGGUUUAAUACAACGCCACACGUCGACCGGAGCCGCCAACAUCAACAUUGCCGUUCAGUUGCUUCUCUGGUCUAUGUUCUAUGCCCGGUCGGGCGAGGCUGAUCAUAUCUACAAAACGCUGUCCGAGAUAGAGCCUGAUAAGCUCGACGAGAUUGCAGAGUAUGCCAAAACUGAGCUCAUUGCCCAGUCAACGAAGGCAGAGAUACCCCCGGAGCAGGAACCCCAAGGCGAAGCAUACAGCUUUGUCAAGCAGUGCAUUGUCAAGUUUGUUAGAGAGCUGGAAGAGUAUGCGAGCACGACGGCAACCACUGAUACAGCCUGCCUGCCGGUCGGUGAUGUGGAUGAAUCCAGUUCGGCCACAACAGCAUUCCAGACUCCCGCAACCGCGUGGUCAUCUCGGAGCGGUGGCCAGGGCGUUCAACAGUUGAAAGGGCGCGGAUAG